UAUCCCUUAAAUCCGAGACACGUGUUACACGACCCUCAAAGCAACCUUGUGGCUUAGUUAAAUCUGCCGCGGGGUUAACCUAUAUAAACACCUCAACUUCACUUGAAUUUGGACAAUUUCGACCGGUGACUUUUGAUGACGACCAUAGUGGAGUGGAACUAAGAAUAUUCCAGAAUUUUGUUAAGAAUAUAUUAAUUAGCUUUUCGCUCGAGUAAAAAAAUUAGAAGAAUUGGUUUUCAGUUCAUAAAGAAUUACUUGUCACUAGUGUUCUACAGAUUCAUUGAUUCUCAGUUUGUCUUGAACGAACCAAGUAUCCCAACUUGAUGUUUGAUAAUUCGUCAGGACACACCGAUUUCAAACCAUUGCGCUUCAAUGCUAUGAGUGAUCGUUUCUUAAACUACAAAUUAUAUUGCUUUUUACAUUUCCAAGGCCGAAUCCGGACUAACCAUAUUCUCAGUUAUAUCUCCCAGUUUUUAUAAGGCUGGUAACGGUUAAUCGUCGGUGUCUGUUAGCCUCAAUUUUAUCUGUUUUCUUUCGAAGAAUAGCCUGAGUUUACGCACAGCCUUAAAUCAAUUAGUGAGAGAACUUUUUCCUUGGAUAUUGAGUACAGUUGACAAAUUUCUAGAUUCUCGCAGAUUUUUUUUUGUUGCUGAUUAUUUGAAGUAUUUUUAUUUUGUUUGAAAAUGCCUAUCCGAGUGUCUGCCACCCUCGCUGAUCCACCCCAGCUUCAAAGACAAGAGAAGAACAAUAGGAAGAAAUGGAAUGUGAAAGCAUCAAAUUGCUCCACGGGUACAGUUAACACCAUCCGUAGAUUGAUUGAAAAUAUGAAAUUGGUUCCGAAUCCUGAGAAGAAAGUCAUUUCGUUAUCAAUAGGGGAUCCAACAGUUGCCGGUCAUCUCAAACCAUGCGACGAAAUUUUACAAGCUGUUGAGAAAAGUAUGAAAAGUUUUAGAUAUAAUGGAUAUGCACCAAGUACUGGUCAUUUAGAUGCUCGUGAAGCAGUUGCACAAUAUGCUACUCUUCCAGGUGCUCCUAUAGAAGCAAAGGAUGUUAUUUUAACAUCAGGAUGUUCCCAAGCUUUAGAGUUAGCAAUCUGUGCACUGGCUAAUCCUGGCCAAACAAUCUUGGUUCCACGUCCAGGAUUUCCUCUCUACAAAACACUUGCUGAAAGUAUGGGUAUAAACAUCAAGUAUUAUUCUUUAUUACCUGAAAAAUCUUGGGAAGUAGAUCUUGCUGAUCUUGAACAUCAAAUAUCUGUCGAUACGGCUGCUAUAGUGGUCAAUAACCCAUCUAAUCCCUGUGGUUCAGUCUAUAGCCGUAGACAUCUGCAAUCUAUUUUGGAGGUAGCAGCUCGUAACUAUGUCCCCAUCAUAGCUGAUGAAAUUUAUGAACAUUUCGUAUUCCCAGGUGAAGAAUUUUAUCCCAUAGCCUCCAUGUCUCUAUCAGUACCAAUUCUAACUUGUAGUGGACUUACAAAAAGAUUUCUGGUUCCAGGUUGGAGAAUGGGUUGGAUUUUAAUUCAUGACCGAAAUGAAGUUUUCGGUUCAGCGAUUAGAAAUGGUUUGCAGUCAUUGUGCCAAAGAAUUAUGGGAAGCAAUACAAUUAUUCAAGGAGCAAUACCUGACAUAUUAAGAGAUACACCAAAGAGCUUCUUCCAAGAAACUAUUUUAUCAGUAAAGACAAAUGCAGCAAUAUGUUAUUCUGUGUUAGCUGAAAUUCCAGGGCUCAUGCCAAUAAUGCCAGCAGGAGCUAUGUAUAUGAUGGUGGGAAUUGAUGUUAAGAGUUUCAAUUGUUUCAAAAAUGACAUGGAAUUUGUGGAAAGACUAAUGUGUGAGCAAUCUGUUAUGUGCUUGCCAGGAACAUGUUUCGAGUAUCCGAACUACGUUCGUCUGGUCCUAACUGUUCCAGAAGAUGAUAUUCGCGAUGCUUGUAGAAGAAUCACAGAAUUCUGUCAAAAAUAUUCUAAGUUCUCCUUCACUAUGGAAAAUUCUCCUGUCCACACUUUACCAUCAACCACUCUUUACCCAAUAGAUGAAAGCUUGGAAACUGUAACAGAAAAUAGCACGGGUGUGAUUGAAAGUCCACUGCCAAUACGAGUGUGAUAGUUCAUUUAUUGCAGAGACGCUUUUUUAGUGUAGAUGAUAGUCAUUAUUAUUUUAGUCAUAGUAUAUAGUAGUGGAUGAUUUUUAAAGAAAUUGUUGAUACCUGAAGAAAUUAGAAUAAGUGUUACCGUCAAUGUCCAAAAUGCCGGCUUUCUAUAAAACACCUGAUUAUUGUAUCGAAGGCAAAGUAUAAAAUAGGGGAUUUUUUUUACUUCACCUAGACAAUGUGUAGAAUACCUGUAAGUUUUUUAUUAGCCAUUUUAUAGAAUGUCUAGGCAGUGUGUAUUGCAUACUUUGCCGGUUGAUUUCAAGGAUUCAGUGGAAUGCCGAAUUUUAUUUACUCAGUAAAAAAUUCAGUAUAAAAUUCCGGUGAAAAGUACCGACACUCAGAGUUCGAGUACUUUUAGUACUAGUAUAGAUUUUAGUAAUUUUAUUACUGCGUAAAAUUCAUUUUGACCAGAAAAUGUUACAGAACAAAAAAAUCUGUUAUACCAUAAUCUUUACAGUAAUAAUUAUCCUAAAAUCACUUUAUAAAUCUAAUAAAAUAAAUAGUACUGUAAAAUUGACAGUAUAAUAUUUCACGGUAAAUAUGGAUUUUACGGAUGAUACACCCAAAGUGCCCGUACUUUAUACUGAAAUUUCAUCCAGAAUUUUUUUUCACUGUAGUAACUAUAACAUGUAUAAAUAUUAUAUUUUUUCAUGGCUUUUCUUAAAAAUACAUAAAUUUUAAAUUAUUUAUCUCUUUUUAAGUAUCUUUUAAAAACUAUCAUUAAAAUAUCCUUUAAUUAAAAGCUAAGGGAUCAGAGUAUAUCAAGAUGCUUAGUGCUUAGAUUGUUAUAAGUUAAUAUCGCAGUUUCGUAGCUUGAUGCUAUUUUUACAUAUCAAAUAAAUAUGUGUCAGAAAUAAGUUUAAUGAGAUUUAAAAUGAAAUAUGUGAAUUUACCGUAAUGAGUCAGAGUUUUUAAAGCCACGAGUAAGAAAAAAAAUGUGAUACAAAUAUCAAUGUUUAUUUGAAUUGUGUAGAUAUUUUUUCCCUUGUCCUGUUAAAAUGGAAAGUUAAAGGACUUCAUUAGUAAAUCAAGAAGUUCUGAGAUAUAUACCUAUUAACAAGUUUGCUACAAGCAUAUUUUAUGUAAUACAAAUAUUCUGAAUAUUUGUUAUUUGCAAGAUUUGUGGAAUUUGUGUGAAUAUUUCCUUAGAGUAUAAUAUGGUGGUCUAUGAAUAUCGAAAGUAGUUUUAUCAAUGUCUCAUUAUUGGAUGCCUCCAGCUUCAGAAACUUUCUAUGGCUGAAACUAUUGGCGUUAUAUCGGAAUGAUUUAUAGACAAUAAACAAGUGUGUUUGUUUGGUUUAAGAGAUAUUAAAUUGUAUUAAAUCGAACGUGCAAGAAAUAAAUAAAUCAAGUGACACUAAAUGUAUUCCAUCGAAAUCUAGCUUUGAACAAAGUUUGGCAACCGCUCUGAGCAUCUUCUUCGAAAGCGAAUGUUGUAAUUUUAGGGUGGCAUCCUAAUUUAUAAUACAAGAGUUUUGCUUUCAAGUUCAAUUUAUUAAUUAAAUGUCUUCUUAUUUAGUAAGAUGUUUGCAACUAAUCGAGAAAAUGAAUUAAUGAAUUUAGUUACCUCUAAUGAAUUUAUUUUAACCUAUUAGACAUAUAUAAUUAAUAAUUAUAUGAAGUAAACUUUCGUAUUUAGUUGUGUCAAAAAUUUAGAGAAAAAUUGAAAACAUUUACUAAAAAUAAUGAUUAAUCAAAAAAAUUUAGUAGUUGAAAAAGUUGAAGAUUAUUUUAAAAAAUCUCUAAAUUAUGUGAUUAAAAGCCUAUUUUAGACAAUAUUUUAAACGAUAUAUAUAAAACACUGAAUUUUUUUUAGUAUGUAGCAUGUCAGGUAAACUGUAAAUUUGGCUGUGUUAAGAAAUUGGAUUAAAAAAAUUAAAAAAGUUGAAUGCAAAAAUUGUUUAUGUAUUUAAGUGUUGGGUAGCAGAACGUGUUAAAUAAUAUUUUGAGAACUCACAAAAUUUAUGAUUUUAAUAACAUGAUAUAGGCAGCUGUAACGAUAAAACAUAAAUGUUAUAUAGCUGUACUUGUGUUCAUCUGCGGUCUUUAAAUAAAGUAGUACUAAACAGAAAAACGCGUCACGUUCUAUUAAUCUCUUCAAUUUUUUCUGGUUUUGGCAGGAAAUAAAUAUUGGGACGAAAUUUAGUUUCUUUUGUCAUGAGUUUAUUAAUAUAAUAUAGUUAGCAGUAACUAUGGGAAAUAAAUGUUACACAGCCGUACCUGCAGAACCCUAUUUAUUAUUCAAAUUUAUUUGCAAAUUUGAAUUUAGCAGUACUAAACAGAAAAACGCGUCAGGUUCUUUUACUAAUUUCUUCACUUUUGGUUCUUGAUAAUUUUAUCUAUUUUUGACUGGAGAUAAUUAUAGAAAAAAUGUUUUCUGUUGAAAUUUUUUUAAUUUAUUUCAUGUUUAUUAAACAUAACAGCACGUCGAUUUUUUAAGUUCUUGUUAAAUAAGGCUUAAAUUAUAGAUAUUUAUCAAUAAUGUUUGAGUAAAAAUUUUAAAGUUUGAAAUUUAUCAAAUUGAAAUUAUUAAGACUAAUUUUUUUAACACUGCACACUUUUAAACUGUACUUAUUUGAAAUAACUUUUUCUAUAUAAAGUUAAUUUGUUUGAUGUACUCAAUAUUCCUCUCACUUGUACAAGGAAUAAAGUGAUAUUCCUUAGAAUGUUAGACUAUUAGUUGUUUUUGCAUUAGAUAGAAAUAAUAAUAUUUGUAGUUAGAUAACAUGUUAAAUGGGGAAUGGUAAAUGUAGUAAGGAAGCUUUUCUAAAUAUAUUUAGUUUAUUUAUGAUAACAUUCGCAUUUUAGAACUCAAGAGAUUGUGUCUUAACACAAAGUAAUGCCAAGUUAAGUUUACGUAAAGACAAAUUUAGGUUUUUGUUUCUCUUAGAAAAAGCUACAUAGCUCAAAAAAGUUCGAACUUUCUUUAUAUUUAUAUGGCAAAGUCGCCAUCUUUUUUGCUUACAUAAUAAUUAAAUAUUGCUAUUUCUUGUAGAAAUUUAGAUGUGACUAGUAGAUAAUACAAUGUAUAAUACAAUAGACAAAAUGCAUUGUUAUGGAUUGUUAUGGUAUAUACAGUCUAUUGAUUACUGUAUCUUCAUUUUAUAGUGUAUUUAGAAUAUUGUAUAACAGAGUUUUUAUAGUAUUGAUAAAUAAAUUCUUCAAAUUUCAAAUAAAA